GAGAGGAGAUAGGUGGGGCAUGAGAGAGGAGAUAGGUGGGGCAUGAGAGAGGAGAUAGGUGGGGCAUGAGAGAGGAGCACACAGCAUCUGUUGACUGGCAUCCUCUGAAGACUGAGGCCGACAAGCAGAUAUCAUGGACAACAUCACAGCAGUGACGGUCCUACAUCACCUCUCCAGAGACCAGGAGGUCCUGCCUCUGUCCCAGGUCUCCCUACCGGCGCAGGAGGUCUACCCCUUCCACGACAGCUGGAACGUGGCCUGCUUCGUCAUCCUGCUGCUCUUCAUCCUCACCAUCUUGUCUUUGGCGGCCUUGGCCGUACUCUACGAGCUCCUGGACUGCGGCUGCUGCGCCAAAGGAAAGACGCGCCAACAAGUGCAGGAGGAAGGUCCAGGAAACUGCAGCCAAAUGAUGAGCAGCAUGUGCAAGGAGCCAGACUCCCACACGGAGGUGGUGUAGAACUGAUGAAUAGCAUGUGCGAGGAGCCAGACUCCC